UAAACACAACACUUCUGUAAACUUAAUUCGUGUUCGUGUAUCGUGGAUUUAUGACUGUGUGCCUGCGAUCUGUCCAAAUAAAACAAAAAAAAAGAAACAUUACGAGUGAAAGUUUGGAAAUAAACCCAAUUAUUCAUCAGCGCUCUUCCUAAUUUGUCUUAAAAUAACAUCAAUUACAACCAUCAUUACUAGUAAUAUUAUUACUUGACAUUUGUACUAUCAAGUAGAAUAAUACUGAAGUCUUUCAAGAAGUUUCCAGAAAAUACGAGAAGUUUUUUUACUUUCCAGACUUCAACAUACUGGUGGCAAAAAAAAAUUUUUAAACUUUUGGAAGUCAGAUAUUUAUAAAUUAAAAUUUCUAUAAUCAAGAUGACAAUGCCGACACAAUUUCAAAUGAUUCAUCCACCAGCUCAGAAUCAAAUGCCCGGACCUCAUAUGCACACACCCCCAUCAAUAUUCGAGCACAUGAUGGGUCAGCAGAACCCACCUCAUGAGCCGGGGGCUUGGUCACAGAUGCCCCAGAUACCUCCGAUGUACAUGCCCUGGAGUAUUCCCAGCAUGCAGCAGUCGCAGAUGAUGAGAUUCACUGGAGAAAAAGAUUCAUUUGCUCCUGCCAGUGUUCACCAGAAGAGAAAACUUGAUAUUCCUGACGUUCCUGAUACAAGACCGACAAAACAAUUCAUAUCGGAAGAAAAAAUGGCAGCGCACUUUAAAAAUAUGCGUAUAAGUUCAAGCUACAAUCCAACACCGUCGUGUUCAACCUCAGCAGACUACAGUGCUCAGCCAUCAACCAGCAGCCAAGUGGAUUUGAAUGUAGAAACAAAUCCAUUGAAUGUAGAAAAUGGUGAAAAUUUGCAUCCCAGACUGGUAAUAUCAGAGGAGCUUAAAAGAAUUCAACAAGAGCCACUAAUUCCUGCAUCCCUGCUCUCAAAAUUGGAGCGGCCUUCCAUGGCUCUAGUCCUCUGGGAACCCCCGAGCAAACAUCUCAGAUCGUUCAUCGCUCAAGCUGGAAUACAACUGCCGUCUACUUCUAGAAAUAACGAGGAAGAUAACAACAACAACAACAACAAUAACAGUAAUAACAAUAACAAUAAUAAUUACAAUAAUCUUAAUCUUAAUAAUAACAACAGUCAGUUGGUGGCAAAUUUGAAUGAAUCAUUGGAGCCAAGUAGUCUGGAACUAGAACCCAUGGAUCUUUAAAUUAUCAGCAGCUUUUUUUUAUUAUUAAAAUGAUUAAAAUGUUUAAACGCGUUAUUUUAAUUACUUGUAUCAAGUUUAUUAUAUUACAUUGAUAUAGUUGGUUUCAUAUUUAGACAUUCGAAUAUCGGCAAGUUUAUUUUCAUUACGUAAUUGUAUUAUAUUGUCAUUUAAUUAUAAUUUAAUGUCACGUAAUUGAUAAAUAGUUUAUAAGCGAGCAAUUGAUUAUUGAUAAAUAUUAUAGAAGCGGGAAAUUAAUAAUCAGAUUUAAAAACAGACAAUUGUACAAUUUUGCUGAUACAAUUUUAUUAUAUCUUAAUAAGUCUGAGUAUGGAUGGUGAGACGUUGAAUUUAAACGAGUGUAAAAGUUAGUGAUAAAAGCUAUGAUAAGCUGUUAGAUUUUAGAUAGAUUAGAUUUUUUUUACGUUCAUUUAAUGAGUGGGAAUAUAUUAAAAGU